AUGACUGCCACAGCAAACAUCCCCAUUAUCGACAUAUCAGGAGACCAAGAUGUCGUGGCCCAGCAAUUAGUCGACGCCGCUCAAGAACACGGCUUCAUCUACAUAAAAAAUCUCGGGAGAGACAUCUCCAGUAGCAGCAUCGAUGGAGCCUUUGCACUGUCAAAGAAGCUGUUUGAUGCCCCUGUAGAAGAAAAACAGGCCUGCACCAUCAACACAGAUAACCGCGGCUGGUCUGGCAUGCACUCGGAGACCCUGGACCCCAAGAACCAAAAAGUUGGAGACUUCAAAGAAGCUUUCAACUUUGGCGAAUUUGUCAAUGGAAAGGCCCAGCAGCCUCUCCCUCCCACCAUUGCUGGCAACGAGCCUCAGAUUCAAGCAUUUGCAGACUCCUGCCACAAGCUCUGCAAGAAACUGCUGCACCUCCUCGGAAUAGGCCUUGGCGUCGGCGACUUCUUCUCCUCAGCCCACGGCACAAACGGCGAAUCCGCUUCCAUCCUACGUCUUCUCCGCUACCCACCCCCUGAUCAAACCUCUCGCUCCAGCGAUGACAUCCGCGCCGGCGCACACUCCGACUACGGCUCCAUCACGCUGCUCUUCCGGCUAAAGGGCCAAGCCGGCUUGGAACUCCAGAAGAAGGACGGUACUUGGGCCCCUGUGCCCGUCUGCCCGCCUGGCUCAGAGGACGACGUCAGCCCCCCUAUUCUGAUCAACAUUGGAGACUUGCUCUCUUACUGGACCAACGGGCUGUUCAGAAGUACCGUCCAUAGGGUGGUCUUCCCCUCUGAUAAUCAGGUGAGCAGAGUGGACGGCGAAACGAGCUCCGCGCCGCGGUAUUCGAUUGCCUUCUUCUGUCACCCUAAGGGAACAAUACCCUUGGAGCCUGUGCCGAGUGAUAGGGUGAGAAACUUUGUGCCGGAUGAGAGCAAUCCCAAUCAGAACCCGUAUGCUGAGAGAAAGGUCAUGACGGCAAAUGAGCAUCUUUUCAUGAGACUAAAGGCUAGCUACGGGACUUUGUAUGAUGAGAAGCCGUGA